AAGAGCAGGCGGCCAUCUUGAGAUCUGCGCUUCCGGAGCGUAGAGCGGCACUUCCGUCGAGUGACCCUGGUGAGUCCUGGUGCCGCCAUGGGGCUGCGGGACGCGGUUGUUCACGCCGGAGAACCCGAGGAGGAAGAGGAGGAGGAGCUGGUGGACCCGCUGACCACUGUGAGGGAGCACUGCGAGCAGACCGAGAAGUGCGUGAAGGCCCGGGAGCGGCUGGAGCUGUGCGAUGCACGGGUGUCCUCGCGGUCCCACACGGAGGAGCAGUGCACCGAGGAGCUCUUCGACUUCCUGCACGCCCGGGACCACUGUGUUGCCCACAAACUCUUCAGCAAGCUGAAGUGAAUGAAGGAGUGAUCAUCCAUCUGCUUCCACAGUCCAAACGAAGAGCCUCGUUGGUUCGCAGUUCUGCCUCUUUAUCGCCAACGUGAAGUAUAAACCAAGUGGCUUCUUGGCACCGACCGAGCACCAGAAUGUCAUUGUGUCUGUUCUCAUUGCAGCUGCACAUCUUCAUAAAAAACAUAUGGAUGUUCUGUAAUUUUCCAUAUUAAACAUACAAAGUUCCUGUGGAA